ACCAAAGAUCUAGGAGUCUCUCACUUAAUUUACGUUUGUCAUAGAGCCUCAAGCUGGUUAUACCAGUGCAUACAGGGUGUAGAGUGAAGUCAUAUACUGUGUUUGACUCGCAUGUUGUAUUACUGUAAUUGUAGCAUUGACCACAUUUUGUACCUACCGUGUUUUGCCGACAAGAUUGGUGCAAGAAUGGUUGUAUAACAGUUUUUGUUGCAUUUACGUAUAUAAAGACGUAAAAAUAACUAAAUUAAUUUCUCAUACAGCAAUUUAGUCCCACGACUAAACUCUCUUCUACCUAGCUGUACACCAGAAGGUCCAUCGUGACUUCGGUUAUGGGGUUAGUUAUAUUUACACUGACAGACACGAGCUGCUGUACUCGGGGCAAAAAUCUUGCAUCAAUGUUGCAUUAAUUUUGUCAGCAAAACGGUGCGAACCAAGUGUAUCUGGCAUCACCAGUGACGCAGUAUGAAUCUUAGUAACAUGGUCUCAAAAUGAAGAAAAUUCCUACAAGUACAAUACUGUCACUGUGGUACUAAUGACGGAGAUACUAAAGCUGAUUUUAUCAAUUGGAUUUUACUGUAGAGAUCACUCUAUUAUCUCACUUGUCCAAGAAAUCAGGAAAUAUAAAAGAGUACUUCUGCUGUAUAUGGUUCCAUCAUUUUUAUAUUGCCUCUACAACAAUUUGGCCUUUGUAAAUUUGGCUGCUUUUGAUCCAACAACGUAUUAUCUUUUACUCCAAUUUCGUGUUGUCAUCACGGGGAUUAUUUUUCAGAUGGUCUUCAAAAAGCAGUUAUCAACCAAACAGUGGAUUUCACUAAUGUUUUUAACAUUCGGCUGUAUGAUCAAACACGUCAACAUAGGAUAUGGUUCCAGCAUGUUCAAGAGCUUGCAUUUCAAUAUAAAUGCCCUGUUUAUAUUGAUCCAGGCGGUGUGUUCGUGUCUGGCCGGAGUAUACAAUGAAUAUUUACUCAAGGGUCAUGGAGCUCGAAUAAACAUUUUUGUACAAAAUGUGUUCAUGUACAUCGACAGUAUUUUUUGCAACGCUAUAGUUCUUGUAGGCCAAGGUAUUCUGACAGACGUUUUUGAACAUACCGGUCUUAGCAUUUUCACUGAGCCGAAAGUCAUCUUAAUUAUAGUAAAUAAUGCAGCUGUGGGUAUAAUAACAAGCUUCUUCUUGCAAACUUUGAAUUCGAUUUUGAAGACCUUUGCCAGUGCGUUGGAACUCGUAUUUACUGCUAUCCUCUGCUGGAUCUUGUUUAAUAUUCCGAUUCAUGUCAAUACUGUUGUUGCCAUUGCAGUUGUAAGUUAUUCCGUAUUCUUAUACUCUCAAAAUCCAGUGCAGAAUACGCAUCCAAAAGUUCAAACAACUAAUGAAUCUGACAGUGAAUCAUUACUCUCCACAAAACAAAGUCAGUUGGUUUGAGUCUAGAUUAAAUUUUAUGAAAACGUUACUUGUAAGAUAAUUUAGGGACCGUGACUACUUAUCAAUAAAGUAUUUAUUAACAACCGGGUCACAUAUGUGGAAAACCAAGAAAAAUGUGCGAAUUUUUAGUACUCUGCUGGAGAAGUCGCUAAAUCUUAUUAAGGAGUUGAAAUUUAACUUAUAUCACAAUAACUAUCCAAAUAUUGAACAAAUUUCAUAUUUUUUUGCUUAGUUGAUCCUUUUUUCAAUGAAUUAAUUUAUAUCUUAUAAUAACUGAAAUUAGACAACAAUAAAAAUUUCAUAAUAUAGUA